GUGUGCAAAAGGAAGCUCGAAAGUAAAAAGGAAGCAUUGCUAAUCCUUUCCAAAGAGCUGGACACCUGUCAACAAGAAAGAGACCAGUACAAGCUUAUGGCCAACCAGCUGCGGGAACGACACCAGUCUCUGAAAAAGAAGUAUCGGGAGCUGAUUGAUGGGGAUCCAUCCCUUCCGCCUGAAAAGAGAAAACAGGCAAAUCUGGCUCAACUACUUAGUGAGGCUCAAGACAGAAAUAAACAUCUUGGAGAAGAGAUUAGAGAGCUUCAACAGAGACUGGGAGAAGUACAAGGGGACAAUAAGCUCCUUCGAAUGACAAUAGCAAAGCAAAGACUUGGAGAUGAUGAAGUUGGGGCUCGUCACUUUGCAGCACAUGAACGGGAGGACCUUGUUCAACAGUUGGAGAAGGCUCGAGAACAAAUCGAGACUCUGAGAUACGAUCUUCAGGCUGCACUGGAUGAGUUACAGGAUGUGAAAGAGGAACGCUCUUUUUACCAAGAUAAGUCUGACAGACUAAACCAAGAGCUUAAUCAUGUCUUAGGAGGGCAUGAAAACCGUAUCAUCGAUGUCGAUGCUCUAUGUAUGGAGAACAGGUAUCUUCAAGAGAGAUUAAAACAACUUCAAGAGGAAGUCAACCUUCUUAAGUCUAAUAUUACUAAAUAUAAGAAUGCACUAGAGAGACGAAAAAAUUCAAAGACUCAUAGUAGAUCCAGUAGCAGUGCUCUGACUGGAGUCCUGUCUGCAAAGCAAG